AGAAAAUGAGCUGGGCACUUUAGCGGUUGAUGUCACUGCCAUGAUCUUCCGGUGCAAGGCUGAACGUUUUUGUGUCGUGUGUCGGAGAUGUGAGAAGUGUGUCCGCCGUAGGCGUUCGUCUGUCGGAUUGAGAGCCGCACGCAAACGAGCCCCUCACGCAGCGUGGCUCCAGUUAUGGAGUGUGAAAAUUUGACGUCGAUAGAUCCAAGAUGGUUCCUCGAGUGUACGAUGGUCGAAUUGACACGAGGUUGACGAGAGGAUGGGGUACUGUAAUGAUGGGGGUCUGUGUAGAAGAAGAGCGAGGAAUGUGGAAUGAAUGAAGGUCCCAUGAACGAUCGAUAGAUUGCCGGCAAGGGCUUCUGCCAUCAGAGUUCUGAUCGACAGCAACACAACGCCCACGAACUUGUGAAGUUGGAGGGAUCAUGAAUGUAUAAAGGGAGUAUGUACGUGAGGAACUAAAAGUCGACGGCCAAUUUAUGACGGCUUAGCAAACGAGGGACUCAGGGACAUGAGAAGUAAUGCAUUCCCUAAGGGCACCGGGGCAUGGGAAUUCCGAGAACCCCCUACGCGCGUGUCUUCUUCAAAAUACGCAAGGAAAACUUUGCCAAAAGAUCUGUAUGCGGAGGGACGGUCAGACAGUUAGAUGACGGUAUCCAUGGAUGUCAUGUCACCUACGUCUUCAGAUGUUUCAACUGUAUGGAUAUCGGCGAUCUGAUCGCAUGGGAAGGGUGUCAUAAUGAAUCCGCUGCCUGUCUUUCGGAGAACUCAUAAGUGGUCCUCAGCUUUCAUUCGUCGACCAGUUGACUACUUAUGACGCACGAGCGACCUCUUGCUACUCGUCACGUAGGCCCGGUACGACAUAAUCGAGUGCGCAGAGUACCAGAGGAGCUCCCGCUGCCUCCCACCUUCACAUGACUCUUCUGGUCUCGCCAUGUCCUUGUUCCGGUGGUUGCGGUAUUGUCAACCGAGGUCAACGCGCUGGAUCGGUGUGUUCCUCGAUCCUCAGAGUUUCGGUGAUCGGAAAGUGACACUCGCUGGAGACGGGACGGCUCUCGAACUCAUGAGCAGACCAUGGCAACGGUGAGCACCGAGUAGUGUUCGUUGUCAAGUACUACAAUCACCGGUCGCCCGAUCGAUCGAUCUAUCGAGUGAUGGCUCCAGCGACGUGACGGUAGAUUCGUUGACUGUUAAAGAGGUGCAGGCUUUUGUCAGAUGAACCCCGGUACUAACUGCAACCUUGCGAAUUCAGACUUUGGGAGGCUCAGAGAGAUGAGAAGGAUUGUGAGGCUACUACUCGAGAGAGUGCACAUUGCAGCUGGAUGUGAUCACGGGAGUGAUGGUGAAAGGGUAUUCUUCACGACGUCCGAGGGGACGCAAUACGCAAUUAUAUACUGGAACUUCCAGGGAAGCAGCACCAGCAAUUGAUACCUCCAUGACUGGCUGGCUCCGCUCCUCUGGGCUUUUUCGGGUCACUCCUUCUUUUUCUUUUCUCCUCGGAAUCGGAAACCGUCGGGGUAGGUUUUUUAAAUCGUUUGGACGACAGGGAAGUAAAGGAAGGUCGAAUGGGACGGGUGGAAAGGGGCGGAAGAGCAAAGCUGCGCAGAGGACUAGUGAAGGGAGACAGAAUCAUCAGAUCAUAGACAUUGCGCUGUUGUUGGAGUCUACUAAUCGGUGGGAAAGAGCACAGCUCUUUCGCUACGUUGUGGCUCAAAAGAAGCCAGCCAUGAUCCAUCGCCCCCUGAGAGCGGAGAUAAAGAUACACGAUGUACGUACCAGAGUUUCCUACUGGCGCUCGAGACAUCUGUGCUGGGUGGGAGAUGGCCCGUUCACGCCAUUCUUGUCAGCGUUGGCACAGAGACACGAGCUUAGGCGCAGACAAUGAAGGAGCCUGAGAGGCACAAGGACGACAAGAGUCGAGGUGGUAGGUGCAGCACUGAUUGCUCAGAUCGGGAUUUUGUUGGCAUGCACGGAGAGCUUAUCGACGUAUUUAUGACCCUACAGUAUGGUUUUAUCACUCCCGAGCUGCGACGUUACUUCUAAUCCUCCACCUUCUGAUCCUUUCAUUGCGAAAUCAUCAUUCUCCACUACGAAACGUGGACAUUCGCUCUGUGCUUCCUUCUCUUCCAUUCUUUUGAUGCCUACCGCUACCUCCUGGUCUUACAACAAAGAGUGCCCAGAACCUCUCACACUCUGCAGUGCGCUCUGGAAGGGUACGACCUCAUCUCCUUGUUCCUCGAGGCUCCUUCUCUCCAAAACGUCUGCUUCCUACCUACGGUUGCUCUAGUAUGUUCAGAUCCCCCAAAUCACACUGCACUGCCUCCACCAUUCUCAACCCACUGUUUGUCUCUCCCUAAAGUAAGAAAUGUAUGGAAGCUGAGAAAGCAGCGCUUGCGACCUUUAAUUUACCUACGUCGUAGCUCCUCCUGUCAAAUCGUGAUUCUCUAACAUGGCGCGAUUCUGCUUUACACCUUCUAAGCUACCAUAUCUUCAUACGUAGACUUCCUCUUCUGUCUGAGAUUUGGGCGGUCUACUUAAUGCAGCGGUUUCGCCCUACCUACGGGCUGCUUCAUUUAAGAAUGAACUACUUCAGAAGCCUGCACAGCUGCAGUGGCCACCCUUUGUUGUGGCCCAUUUGUCCAGCUAGUUUGAGACCAGAAUAAAGCGCAUCUGGGGCAGACGUCACGACUCUCCUUUGGGAGUUCUCGUCGUGUGAGUAUAGAGAGAGAGAGGGAAGAUAUAUAACUCGCUACUGACCAUAGUUAUACCACAUACACGGAUUCGGGCAACUGUACGUCCAGCUAUUCGACAGUCAUUAGGAUUAUGAGAGGGAGAAGGAAAUUGCUUCGAACCAUGAGUUGCCCACAAGGGGGAAUCUGAUUGUCCUACGCGGAAGUUUUCUGCCAGACUCAGGUCAUGGAUCGCCGCUCCUCUAAAAGAUUACUACCAUCUCAAAGGUUCCUAUGGAAUAGUUCUCUUAUCUCGAUUCAGCAACUGGCUCUCUGCUGUCCAAGGACAACCUAUUAGAGUGAUUUAUCAACUUCGCAGUAAACAGUUAGCUCGAGUUGUUUAAGUCAGCUAGGGAAGAGCGUUAGCAACAUGGAUUAUGCGUCGGAUGUUUGCCACAAGCAUGGUUAGACAGACAUUAAAGGUGAAGAUCACACGUACAUUUCAUGGAUACUGUUAGCCGGAAUGAUGAUGACUACCAAGGUUCUUAGCACUUGGCACCCUUUCACGAGUUUCCUUCUUCCUCUAGCAUUGUUCAUCAUUCAGCGGAGUAUCUGAACACAUGACGUUCGCUAUUAUACAUGCACACUUCACCUUUCAAGCUCCGAAUAUUCAUUCACGUUAUUCGUUUUCAGGCUUUUCUCGCGCCUUCUGCGCGAGAAAAGCAACUGGCAGAAGGCCAGUGUUAGCAGCUUGUGAGAAUAAAUGUGCGGGCACAGUUUUUUGCCUCUAGGAUUUGGGCCCACACGUUCCUUCCUACUUAGAAAUUUCCCUGUCGAAAUUAAUUUUUAAGAUUGUUAG